GAAACGACUGUCAAUUAUUGUUUUUUCAUUUUGGAAUCUAUCAGUCUAAUUUGAACACUUUUGGAUUAUACAAUUGAUUUUAGAUGUCAAUUUUAACAUAUUUUGAGCAAUGUAACCACGAUUAAACGGAGCUGCGUGCCACAAAUAGCUUGAUUAGACACGAAAAUUCACGAACCGUUGACAGGGGGAUUGAACUUUACUAUCAGCGCGUGAAUUUCAAUUUAGAGAUUUGACUGAGAGAUUCCUCAAUUCAACCUCAUAAAUCUUUGCGCCCUCAACCCCUCCAUAACAAUUCCUCUAUUGCAGUCUUCCGUCACUUGCGCAAAGUCUCAAAUAUUGGAUUAAGUUCUAAGAGUGCCAAGGGGUUCUAAGCAAGAUGGCGCUGCUUCAAUACAAAGCUCCCGUCAACUAUGAAGCUCAUCAAGAGGCUUUCGAAGACUUCCUGUCCACGUUCAAAACUUCUCCAACUGCGAACAUUACCCAUGCUUUGGGCGGCAUGAACAUUGAUGAGGAUGAUUUCAGCGAUGACAACGACAUGAUGGAUGAUGAUGACGACGACCAGACCUCAAGGAGGCAGACCAGAGCUCAAGCAAAGGUUCCCAAGUUGAAGUAUUUGGAGUUAUUACAAAAAGUUGCAGACAGAUACGAGGAUGAAAUCACAAUUGAACUUGACGAUUUAGCCAAAUAUGAUGACUUACUGGAUGAAGCUGGAACUCCCCUCAAUCUAGUCAACUCGAUUGAAACAAACGCAAAGCAUUAUCUGGACAUUUUAUCCAAGGCGGUCGAUGCAGUGAUGCCACAACCUACAAGAGAAAUCAAUUAUAAGGAUGAUGUCCUUGAUGUUCUCAUGUCGCAACGAACAGCUCGAAACAACGCCUUACGCCGUGCUGCCGCCGAACAAAGCGACAUAACAGUUGAGCCCGAACUAUUCCCUGCCGAACUUACAAGAAGAUAUACUUUGAACUUCAAACCAUUAAGCGCUUCCGGAGAUAAUUCCAAAAAAGCUUUGGCAGUGCGACAAGUUCGUGGUGAACAUCUUGGUCAUCUUAUUACAGUUAGGGGUAUUACUACAAGAGUUUCAGAUGUCAAGCCGACUGUGGAAGUAAACGCAUAUACUUGCGAUAGAUGUGGUUGCGAAAUUUUCCAACCUGUUGGAUCCAAGACAUUCGGACCAUUAGUCGAAUGUCCUUCUCCCGAUUGUACUACAAAUCAAACCAAAGGACAACUCCACCAUUCCACUCGAGCAUCAAAAUUCCAACCAUUUCAAGAAAUCAAGAUUCAGGAAAUGGCCGAACAAGUUCCAGUUGGUCACAUUCCUCGAAUGUUGACUGUCCUUUGUCACGGGGCUCUAGUUCGACGUAUCAAUCCUGGAGAUGUUGUCGAUAUUGCAGGAAUUUUCUUACCCACACCAUAUACUGGUUUCAAGGCCAUUAGAGCUGGCCUUCUCACCGAUACAUAUCUCGAGGCACAGCACGUCACUCAACACAAGAAGGCUUACGAAGAUUUAACCAUUGAUAGCCGAGUUUUCAAGCGAAUUGAGCAAUACAGAGCAUCUGGUCACGUUUACGAAUACCUUGCAAAAUCCAUCGCGCCUGAAAUUUACGGUCAUUUAGAUGUGAAGAAAGCAUUACUUUUAUUGUUGGUCGGUGGUGUCACUAAAAGUAUGGGUGAUGGAAUGAGAAUCAGAGGUGAUAUCAAUAUCUGUCUAAUGGGUGACCCGGGAGUGGCCAAAUCUCAAUUACUCAAAUAUAUCACCAAAGUGGCACCAAGAGGAGUUUACACGACCGGUCGAGGAAGUAGUGGUGUUGGUCUUACUGCAGCGGUUAUGAAGGAUCCAGUAACUGAUGAGAUGAUUCUGGAAGGUGGUGCACUCGUACUUGCUGAUAAUGGUAUCUGCUGUAUCGAUGAAUUUGACAAGAUGGACGAUACUGAUCGAACUGCAAUCCACGAAGUUAUGGAACAACAAACAAUCUCCAUUUCCAAGGCCGGAAUUUCUACGACUUUGAACGCUAGAACUUCCAUUUUGGCAGCUGCCAAUCCUCUUUAUGGCCGAUAUAAUCCCAGGAUAUCUCCAGUGGAGAACAUCAAUCUUCCAGCAGCUUUACUCUCCCGUUUCGAUGUACUAUUCCUUAUCCUUGAUACUCCUACUAGAGACAACGAUGCUCUCCUCGCUCGCCACGUCACCUACGUUCACAUGAAUAAUAAACAUCCCGAUACUGAAGGUGUUGUUUUCACACCACAAGAAGUUCGUCAAUACGUCGCUCAAGCUAGAUCCUAUCGCCCAACGGUUCCAACAAGCGUCUCUGAAUAUAUGGUAAAAGCCUAUGUCAGAAUGCGUGAUCAACAAUCCCGUGAUGAGAAAAACAAGAAACAAUUCGCUCAUACUUCCCCCCGUACCCUUCUUGGUGUUCUUCGUCUAUCACAAGCUCUUGCCCGAUUACGUUUCAGCGAAGAGGUCGUUCAAGAUGAUGUUGAUGAAGCUCUUAGACUUGUCGAAGCAUCGAAAGAGAGUUUGUAUGCUGAUCAAGAUGGAUAUAGAAAGGAUUCUAGUCCAAGUAGUAGAAUUUACAAUAUGGUUAGAGCUUUGGCCGAAGCUGGUCAAUGCAGACCUGAAGAGGCGGAUGAUGAAGAUGAUGAGACUUUGGGUAUGGAAUUGAGUAUGAAGAAAGUCAAGGAGAGAGUUAUUGCCAAGGGAUUUACUGAGGAUCAAUGGCGAGCUGCUGUUAUGGAAUACACUGAUCUUGACAUCUGGCAAACUGCUGGUAAUGGAACGAGAUUAUUAUUCGUCAUGUCAGAGGCGGCACAUAUGGCAAGGGAUGAAGAAUAUGAAAUGGAAUAGAUAUAUCCGAAGAUAUGAGAUAAGAUCAUAUAUGUGCAUGUAAUCCAGGCGUUUGUGGAUUAAGGAUAUCCAUGUGGCGUUUUAUUGUAUCAGUUGUGGUGAGAUACCGAUGGAAGAGAGCAUUAGUUGAAUACCUAUUGUCAAUUCAGUUAAUUGUAUCUUUCCUCUUGACCAGUUCCUUGUCUGAUUUGACCCUGCAGUCCUAUUUGGAUACAACCACGAUGAAGCUAAAUUCAUAGAAUAAGCA